AUGCUUGCAAACCGAAUUCCACCACCACCAACACGACGGGUCAAGCCUAGACUCUCCCCCGAUAAAAUCAAUAAACAAUUCAUCGUAAUCCCUUUCACUACCCGCGACAGCCGCUUCGUCCUCUGGUACUAUUUCACCACGAACCUCGAUUUCCAGUCAAUUGCCAUUGCCAGGAACGCCACUUUCUGCAAUAAUCAACAGCAGUUGAUGACUGCGCGGCAGGCAAGAAAUAUCGUCAACAAAAUCGUGCGUCAGCGAUUACCGACCUUCAAAGGCGAAUUGGCUCCCGACGGUCACUUUCCCAGACCAAUAGGAUUUGGCUGGGCUCCUUGUGACCAUGGAAUGUGCUGUUCCAAAUUGGCAGAAACCGGAGGAAAACCGUCAAUCGUUCGAAGUCUCAGGCGACAGGCGAAGAAUGAGCAUGACAAUGGAAGCAUCGCGACCACAAUAUGGCAUGGCACCUGGGAUGAACUUCUGGCAUGCCCAAGAGAUCACAGUGCCGCAACUGAUAAAGAGCAAGGCAACUCCAGAUCAACACAGCCUGAGGAAUGUCUAAGCUCUUCUUCAAUCUCCUCGUACUCCUUGCGGUACCGCUUUCGGAAACUUCACAAUCGCCGGAAGCUUUAA